UCCGGAUAAUCAAUACUAAUCUGGGUGUGGCUUGGUCACAUUUGUCGUGAACCAAACGUUGGUUUUUCUUUUUUCUUCUUUCUUCACCAAAACAGACUCAACUCCAACCAUCAUGCCCCGUAUUAUGAUAAAAGGAGGUAUUUGGAAAAAUACUGAAGACGAGAUAUUGAAAGCUGCUGUAAUGAAGUAUGGGAAGAACCAGUGGGCUAGAAUAGCCUCACUCUUACACAAGAAAUCAGCUAAACAGUGCAAGGCUCGUUGGUAUGAGUGGCUUGAUCCCAGUAUUAAGAAGACUGAAUGGAGUCGUGAUGAAGAAGAGAAGUUGCUUCAUUUGGCUAAACUGAUGCCCUGUCAAUGGAGGACCAUUGCUCCAAUUGUAGGAAGGACUCCAGCUCAGUGUCUGGAACAUUAUGAAUAUCUACUUGACAAGGUUCAGAUGAAGGAAGGUGAAGAUGAUGAUCCUAGGAAGUUACGUCCCGGUGAGAUUGAUCCUAACCCUGAGACAAAACCAGCCCGACCUGAUCCUGUUGAUAUGGACGAAGAUGAGAAAGAAAUGUUAGCUGAGGCGAGAGCUCGUUUGGCUAAUACUCAAGGAAAGAAAGCAAAAAGGAAAGCAAGAGAGAAACAAAUGGAGGAAGCAAGAAGACUUGCAUCUCUACAGAAGAGACGGGAAUUGAGAGCAGCAGGGAUUGCCUCAAUGACUUAUCAAAAGAAAAGAAAAAGAGGAGUGGAUUAUAAUGAAGAGAUUCCAUUUUAUAAGAAACCACCACCCGGUUUCUAUGACACAGAGCGAGAGACCAUUGAGCUAGGUGGCCCUGAGGUCAGCAGUUUAUUGAAUAGGAAUGUUGAGGGAGAUAGUCGAAGUGCAAUUGAGGCAAGAGAGAGGAAGAAGGACAAAGAGAAACAAAAGAAAAGGAAAGAGAAUGAUCUCCCGACUGCUGUAAUGCAACUCAAUAAAGUGACUGACGAGUCUUUAAAGAAAAGGAGUAAACUGGUUUUGCCAGCACCACAGAUCUCAGAUCAUGAGCUCACUGAAGUGGUAAAGUUGGGUCUAGCCUCAGAGAGUGCAAGGCUGAUGGUAGAGGAGUCUGGUAGCUUACUCUCAGGAUCACAGCAACUCCUAGCAGACUAUUCCUUAACUCCCAGUGCCCCUGCACCCAUCGGCUCUGCCACUCCUGGCAGUAUCACACCACUAUUGGGGACCAGGACACCAGCAAGACAGGACACACUCUUACAGGAAGCUCAGACUUUGCUUGCUCUGCAGAACGUUGAGACUCCAUUGAAAGGUGGCGAGAACACUCCUCUCCUUCAUGAUAGUAAUUUUGAUGGAGUGACUCCAAGGAAGCAAAUCACCCAGACACCUAAUAUGAUGCUAGCAGCAUCACCUUUUCAUACUCCUCAGCAUGGAGGAGGAGGAGGAGGAGGAGUUGGUGCUCCCAGUGGAUCAGUUACUCCCUCUCAGACCCCAAUCAGAGAUCAGUUGAGUAUCAAUACUGGAGCUACUGGAGGGUUUGAUGAAGAAAUGGAUACUAGUUAUCAAAACCAGAUGGCAAUGAAGGCUCAGUUAAGAGCUGGUCUCAGCUCUCUACCAGCUCCACGGAACGACUUUGAGAUUGUUAUACCAGAACAAGAGGAAGAGGAUUUAUCAGCCAGUGCUGGAGAUGAUGAUAUGAUUGAAGAUGCUUCUGACAUUGAAGCAAAGAGACUCAAAGAAUUAAAAGAGAAAGAGGAAGAAGAGAGGAAGACGUGGUCACAAGCUGUUCAACGAGGCCUACCAAGACCAUGUGAAGUAAAUACUUCAAUACUUAAAGGAGCUCCACACAGAGAUCAGAAAUACAGAGACCUUUAUGAGGUCAGCUAUUGUAUUAUUAGUAUUGUUAUUAGUAGGUGAAUGUAAACAUUGAGG